AAGCACGCUACCUCUUUCUUCUUGCAUUGAUCCAUUGACUAAAACGGGGCCAAAGCAGAAUGGAAAGAGGAGAAAAAUCAAGUCUUGAAUCUUCUCUGAUUCCAAGCCAAGAACUUGACGAAGAAGAAGAAGAAGAAGAAUUAUCUAAACAAAAUUGCUGCAGAGGGGAUUUUAUUGAAGAAGCAAAGAAGCAACUGUGGCUUGCGGGGCCACUUAUAGCAGUUAGUAUGCUGCAGUAUUGUUUGCAAUUGAUAUCUGUUAUGUUUGUGGGGCAUCUUGGUGAGCUUGCUCUUUCUAGCGCUUCCAUGGCAUCUUCCUUCGGUUCAGUGACUGGUUUCAGUGUAUUGCUAGGGAUGGGAAGUGCAUUGGAGACACUUUGUGGGCAAGCCUAUGGAGCAAAACAAUACCACAUGCUUGGAAUUCACGCACAAAGGGCAAUGCUAACCCUUCUAGCACUAAGCAUUCCCCUGGCAAUCAUCUGGUUUUACACCAGCACCAUUCUUAUAUUUGUUGGCCAAGAUCACGAGAUAUCAACUGGAGCAGGAACAUUCAAUCGCUGGAUGAUUCCUAGCCUUUUUGCCUUUGGCUUGCUGCAAUGCCUGAACAGAUUUCUCCAAACCCAAAAUAAUGUUAUUCCUAUGAUGGUCAGCUCUGGGAUUACAGCUUCUCUGCACAUUCUUAUGUGUUGGGUUCUUGUUUUCAAGUCUGGACUUGGAAGCAAAGGAGCUGCCUUGGCAAUUACCAUUUCCUAUUGGAUUAACGUAUUCUUAUUAGCAAUGUAUAUUAAAUUCUCCCCAGCUUGCAUGAAGACUUGGAGAGGGUUUUCAAGAGAAGCACUGCAUGAUAUCCUCAGCUUUGUAAAGCUUGCAAUUCCUUCAGCAAUCAUGAUAUGCUUGGAAUAUUGGUCUUUUGAGAUGGUGGUUCUCUUGUCUGGUCUACUCCCAAAUCCCAAACUGGAGACAUCUGUGCUAUCGAUAAGCCUUAACACAUGUUGGAUGGUCUACAUGAUCUCUGUUGGCCUUGGUAGUGCCAUAAGUACAAGAGUAUCAAAUGAACUAGGGGCAGGGCGCCCACAAGGUGCGCGUCUGGCUCUCUGUGUCAUGAUCAUAAUAGCACUCUCAGAAGGUGCAGUGGUCGGAAUCAGUACAAUUUUGGUACGCAGACAAUGGGGAAAGCUCUACAGCAAUGAAGAAGAGGUGAUCAAAUAUGUUGCUAAAAUGAUGCCUCUAUUAGCACUAUCUGAUUUCUUGGAUGGAUUCCAGUGUGUGCUCUCAGGUGCUGCUAGAGGAUGUGGAUGGCAAAAUCUAUGUGCAUUUAUCAACCUUGGGGCUUAUUAUGUUGUAGCAAUUCCUUGUGCUUUGCUCUUUGCUUUUGUCUUGCAUAUUGGAGGCAUGGGGCUUUGGAUGGGAAUCAUAUUUGGGCUCUCAGUACAAGUUGUGGCACUUGUUACAGUAAAUGCAUGCACUAAUUGGGAUCAAGAAGUAACCAAAGCCAUUGAUAGAUUCGGAGAAACUAGCAGUGAAUGAUGUGAAAGUGUGAAAAUAUUUUUACAUAAACCUGAUUCACAGAAUAUAUAGUGAAAUUCACCUAUUUAAUAAGUGAGAUUUGCAUAUUUGUAUUUUAAAUUUAUGGUAACCGAAUCUAAAAAAGAAAAUUCUGUCUUUAUAGAUACUUAUUUCUUAAUAUUCAUAUUAUUUAUUUAAUAUUUUGCAA